AUGUACUCGGCUGCUGGGCAACAGCCCCGAGGGGCUCCAGUCCAUCAAAUUCUUUCUAUACAGACUCCGGCGACCGUCCAGAGCGGUUCGCUCUGGCGGAACCCAUGCAUCGACGGCACACUGGCGGGCAACUAUCGAGUAGGGCCGGACUACAAUGUCGAUUACUCCCCACAAGAGUCGCAUCCGGGCGAGCAGAGCCAGACUCAACACGCAUACGACACGCAUCACCACAGAGGAAACCCAAUGCAGCACACGGGACACGGGAGCUUACAUGAGCCAGCCCAGUCGCACUCUCACCAUACCAUGUCGCAGCAUCACCCCGCCCAUCACCAUCAGAUCCUGAUGGAUCCGGCGCAUCUCGGCGGCCAUCCGGCUGCUCGUCACAUGGCUCAUCAGCCUUCACACUAUGGUCCACCAUUAUAUCCGGCUAUGACGCCCGCCCAACCGCACAGUGCUGGGACGAAACGCAGUCGUCCGGACGACCUAGAUUUAUCCGGUGGGAUGUCUGAGCUUGAGUCGGGCGAGCUUGAUAACAUGCAGCAGUCUAUGGGCGCAGCGUAUGCGCAGGCUACCGGUUCAGCACCAACCCAUCAUCACCACCGCUUACCGGAUCAAGGCCCGCCUUCAAAGAUGAUGAGGCGCGAAGGCGAUGGAAGCAUGGGGGCCGCUGGGGGUGGCGCUCCGAGCGUAGUGGGACAGGCUGGGAUGCCACCGCCGGCACCGAGGCCAAGGGGGCCGAAGCUUAAAUUUACGCCGGAAGAUGACGCAUUACUUAUUGAUCUGAAGGAAAACAAAAGCUUGACGUGGAAGCAGAUUGCCGACUUUUUCCCUGGGCGUUCCUCAGGUACUCUUCAAGUCCGAUAUUGCACGAAGCUAAAAGCAAAAACAACCCAAUGGACAGACGAGACAGAUCAAAAGCUUCGAACAGCGCUCCAAGACUACGAAAACGAGAAGUGGCGCUUCGUUUCCAACAAAGUUGGCCCCGGAUUUACUCCUCAGGCUUGCCGAGAGCGGGCUGCGCAAUUAUCUGGAGAGGUGGCGGAUGUUGGGGAGGAAAACUUAUAG